AUGCAAAAACUAUUAGUAGUAUUCCUAAUACUGGGUGUAUUAUUACCCCUGACACAAUCAUCAAACUUUGAUCUCCAAGAAAGAUAUUGGACCGAACAAGAGACGGAAGCACUCCUCCGUAGAAGUAGAAUCAUGGAAAGCCAAUACUCUGAGGAAAUCAUACUUGGUCUCAUUGGUAACAUUGUCAAGCCAUUGAUUGCUGCCAUCAACAAGAUUAGUCAUUUCGGAAUGAGAGAAUUGGCUGCUGGUGUCCAUGGUGUUAUUGAUGGUUACGAAUUACGUACCAAUCCAUCAAUGGCUCGUCUUUGUAUGAAUGAUACUAGAAAUGGUGAGAAUAUUUUAAACAAGAUUUUAACCGACUCUGACACCAUCUCUGAAUUUGCCAUCAAGAAUGUUCUUCGUCUUCCAGAAAUGGCCAAUGUCAUUGCUUCCAUUGGUAUUCAUUGCAGAAUCGAUCAAUUAAUUGCUAGAAUUACUUCUUUGAUUGUAAAGAUUGGUGCUUCAUUUACUAUUAUUGGUAUUCCAUUUGUACUUAUUCAUGAUGUUCCAUUGAUUCUUACAAAUUCUCCAGCUCUUAUCAAGGAUGCUUUGAAUAUGACAUUGGCAGUUGGUAGAUUGGACUUUUACACUUUUGGUCUGGGUGCCGGUGAUAUCAUUGGUAUCCUCCUUCGUUAA